AUUGGCCCGUCCCACUUUCUUCGCUUUCCUGACAAGAUCGAACGUAGCUGCAGGGAGGAGAGCUGUGUGCGAGCCGAAAGCUGGAAAAUUGGGACCUGUGGUAGUGUGGCAGAGUACCGUACGCGUUGCCAUGAGUUUGUUUGCUUGUUUCGGCGGGAGAAAGAGAGAGGUGCGUCGGUCUUUCGACUACUGGGACUGCUCCAACCUGGGUCUGUCUGACCUUCCUAAGGAGGUCCUUUACCACCGGCGGACUCUGCGCCAGUUGACUCUGGCUACCAACAACAUCAAAGACGUCCCCAAGUCAAUCUUCACGUUUGAGCAGCUCACGGAGCUGGACUUGAGCGAGAAUGUCAUCCUGUUCCUGCCCCCCUCCAUCCGCUCCCUACGCUCCCUCACUUCCCUCAACAUCAGCAAAAACAAGAGAGAGACAACUGGAGGAAUCAUUCCAGAAGGUUUGACUGAGCUGCGUCAGUUGCGGACACUAGCUCUCAACGACUGUCAAUUGGAGGAACUCCCUCCCAACAUUGGGAAGUUGAACAAGCUGGAGAGUCUGGAACUGAGAGAGAAUGUCAUUGCCACACUCCCCCAGUCCAUAUGUCACCUGACCUUACUUGAGAGACUUGACCUUGGAGUUAACGAGAUUGACACUUUGUCUGGUGUGAUAGGAUCACUGGAGAGUCUGUCGGAGCUGUGGCUGGAUGGGAACCUGCUCAACAGUCUUCCUGAUGAGAUCGGGUCUCUCCGCAACCUGAAGUUUGUGGAGGUCUCGGAGAACCAGCUCAUGUUUCUCCCUCUCAGCUUCUCCUCCCUCGUCAGUCUCCAGGACCUCCAUCUCUCGGACAACCUCCUCUCCCUCCUCCCCGAGACCAUGGGUGAGCUGAGAAACCUGAAGCUCCUCAAGGUUGAAAGGAACAGGCUCACUGCCCUACCGCAGUCUAUGGAUGGAUGGACCAGUCUGGUGGAGCUGUCCCUCUCUCAGAACUUUCUAGAGGAGCUCCCCAAUGUGAUUUAUGGCCUGGGGAAGCUGGAGACGCUCAUCCUGGACGAGAACUCUCUGUUCUCCCUACCGGCAGAGAUCGGGGAGCUGUCGUCUCUCAACAUUCUGUCCCUCCGGUCCAAUAACCUGACAGAGCUGCCGGGGGAGGUGAGCCAGCUGACCAGUCUCUCCAUCCUCAACGUGGUCGGAAACAGGCUGCAGUUCCUGCCGUUCUCAGUCACCACUCUCCCCAACCUCACCGCUCUCUGGAUAGCAGAGAACCAGAACAGACCGCUCCUGGAGCUCCAGAUGACCCGCUCGGGGGACGGACAGAAGAUGCUGACCUGCAUUCUCCUGCCCCAGAGACCCACUGAGUCUCCCUUGAGCUCUGAUGGAAAUACUCCCGAGCUCAACCGCAAGCCACACCCCACAACGGUGAACUUUGACCCCGAGGUCCAGGACCCGAAGAGCAAGUUGACGCGAGACCCCACCCCCUACCCUAAGGAGCUCCACGUCAAGGCUCUCCAGUGGCGCGCCGCCAGAGAAGAGGGAGCUGCCGCGCACUCUCAGGACAAAUCAGCCGUCGCUACCAACGUCCCUCUCCGUAAUGGCAGCCGUUCUCGCUCCAUCCACCGUCCGUACAGUCUCAUACGAGCCAUGUCGGACCCGAUCGAGCCCGGAGACCUCGUUGGGGCGGGGAGCGGCCGUCCGUCCAGCCGUAGACGAGAGAGAAGCCACGAGAAGAGGGAGAUGUCGCAGAGCCCCGCUCGCAUCACUCCCGGGGCGACUCCUGUAAUUAAAGAUCGUCGCAGCUACCGUGAAGAGAGGCCUGUGUCCUACUGCUCCUCUCCCUCUCCUCCUCCCCUCGCCGUGCCCGCCUACUACUCUCCUGGACAUAACAGACACCAGAUCUCAGAGGAGGCCGAGUGGCUGAUCGAACAACAACCGAACGGAACUCGGGGUGCAGCUGCCGGGGUACCCCACUACCCCACACCCCAGCAAGCGUCCCCCGGAGGAAAUGAACUCCACACAGCUCUCCUUGCCUCCAACUCCAAUUCAAACAACAACAACAACAACAACAACAGACGAAUGGCGAGCACCUCCCCUCCUCCUCGUCUCCCUCCUUCCUCAGCUUCGAGAUUAGCUAUCAAAUCCAACACCUACCCUCCCUCCCAACCCACGUCACAUUCAACCACCACCUUUUCCCGGCCUCCAUCAGCCUCGGGGCAAUCUCAUCUCCAGUCGACCCCACACGCCCAGAGUGAGGCCAGCACUCUGUCCCAUUCCGAUACUGCCAAUCCCCGGUACUCGUCCAGUCUGGAAUCGGGGUUCGAUGCCGACGUGGAACAGGACAAGGUGUACUGGUACAUGACGGAGACUUCGCCCGGGGACCAACAGCCGUUGAUUCAACUUCAGCAGUUCGCCCGCCUCCCCGGAGCUCAGAGGAGGAGAUUUAUGAGCGACUCGACGGCUGCUAGUGGGCGUGCCUCCUCAGCUCCUCGGUGCAUACGCAGAGGUAGUGCCGAUGAUUACGACCACCUGGAGCGUUGCUUGAGAGCAGACGCCGGUGCCUCCCGUCAAAUGUACAGCAGUAGCUGUUCGCCUGUGGCGCGUGACCCGCGAGCACACCAGCUAGCUACACGACACCAGAAAGCCUCGCGGUCAUUUGACGUUGCCGAGCUCCCCACUGGUCCACUAUCAGCGGUGGAAACUAGACCAUCUGGGGCACGAGGUCCCCAGCCUGUCAGUUUCACUGCCGCCGCAAAGGCCGCGAGAAACGUUCACUCUAGGUCAAAGUCCGAUCCAGACGAUCUCAUCGCUAUAGAGAAAGCCACACCCGUCAACGGACACGCCCACAGGUCGGCAAGGGGUUCGUUAAGUCCGACUCCUGUGAACCCUUAUUUUGUUAACGUCAAUAUGGGUGGAGACAUCCCUGGUAGCUCCUCCCACUCAAACCAGCCCUUCCCCCUCAUUUCCCCCGUGUCAAACUCUGCCUACCAACGUCUGACGGGCCAUGGAAGGAAGAGGGGUGGGGCUGACCACACCCCUCAUCAGCGGUACCCCUCCUCCAGUGACGAAUCUCACAGCCGAGGUGGAGGAGGGGCGGAGCCUGAAGAACAAGCCACGCCCAAAAGUCCCUCCAAGGUGAAUGGUGCAGCCACCAGUCAAGACAGUGGAUUUGACUGUAUGCCACAAACUGGGAAAAUCAUCAAAGUGGAGUUGGAGAAGAACCCGUCUCUAGGACUGGGCAUCAGGGAGGGAGGCACGGAGCAAGACAGCAACAUCAAACCAGGAUAUCAUGUCUACAAGAUAGUGGACGGUUCCCCAGCAGCUCAGUGUGGCAUGAUCAAACUCGGAGACCGGAUAAUGGAGAUCAAUGGUGUCGAAGUGUCGUCUCUCGAUCUUCCUGACAUUCUGUGUCUCUUGGAGGUGUUCUCACUUCCUAUCUUACGUUUCCGGGUUCCGCGCGCAGUUUCGUAUAAAAGGCUCAUCAGCGAUCAAAAGAGCCCAGACAAGCUUUUGAGAAAGCGUCCUCAGAUAUUCGACAAAAAGAGAAAAAUGGGUCUACUGAAGAAAGCCUGCAGGCGUGUGUGGAAUCGAUUGAGCUCGGGGAAGCGUGCGUGCAAGCCAGCGAGGUGCUGCAGUUCGGAGGGGGAGCUAGGAGCAGUGGAUCUCGCAGUGUCUGCAACCUCAGCCUCCGCCCUGCCCGGUCUGAGAUCACAGGAGCCUCUGGAGGCUGCGUCGUUCUCGCACGAGACGUCUGCUGCGUGCUGCCGUCCGUUCCCUCCAGCUGUAGUCAACGUUACGGCCGCCGACGACCAAUUCAACCCGCGUGGCGGUGAUGUGAAGCAGACGAUGCUGACAGCGACCACCAGGGAAUCGGCGUGGAACGUCUCUUCCGAGUCAGACUCUGGCGUGUGCCUCGGAGAAGAGUUCGGGGUGGGGCCGCAGGAGGAUGACGCCUGCUCGGUGUGGAGUGAGGAAGAUGAGGGGGAGGAAGAUUUCGAGUGCGAGUGUGACGAGUGCUCGUUCGCCAGGUGCGAGACCAUUCUGGAGGACUGGCACAUCUCGGCCAAGGACCUGACGCUGGACAAGGUCCUCUCCAGACGGCAGGAAGAACGGGUGUACAGUGGCUACUGGCACGGGAGUGUUACAGUUCACCAGAGGCAGAGUCCCCUUCUCACGGAACUAAACGUCUACAUACAGGAGGCAACCACUCUGAGCAAGAUACGACACGAGAACGUUCAGCUGUUCCUUGGAGUGUGUCUGGAUCUGAAUCCUGUCUCCGUUGCUCUUGUUAUGAGCAACAUAAAGGGUGAGUCCCUGGACUCCUUGCUGCACAGGACAGGCCAGGAGCUCCAGUUUUCAGCCAUGUCCAAAUACCUCAACCAGAUUGCUCAGGGGAUGGCCUAUCUCCACGACAGAGGAAUCAAUCAUCCACUCCUCACCUCCAAAUCUAUCCACAUCCACUACAGAGCCUGCAUAUCGAUGCUCUCACCUGCCGCCUGCUCCAACACUCUUGAGCCAAGCCAGUUGGUGUAUCUAUCGCCAGAAGUUAUCCGAACUCUCCAACCUACCUCCUCUCCCUCCCCCUCCUCCUCCUCCUCCUCCUCAAAUCAUCGCACACUAUCCCUAACAACUUACCCAGCACACUUGGACAGCCGUGAAGCCAACAUAUUCUCAUUUGGAACCAUCGUCUACGAGAUGGUGACCGUGUCACGCCCGUUUCGAGCCACGCCCGGCGAGCUCAUUGUGUGGGAGGUGGGUAACGGUCGGUGUCAGAGUCUUCACCACAUGAACGCCGGGAAACUGAGGGACAUCAUCAAGCACUGCUGGGCCUCUGGGCCAGAGUACAGACCUACUUUCAAGGAGCUACUGUCAACUCUAGAACACAACAUGUCACCCCGGGCGUGUGGUCUCAACGCAUACUUCAGUUUCUCAGACCCUGGCCGCCUGGCUAGCACAGGACUUCACUAGGCAACCAUCUUCACCUUCUUCUGGCAGAGUGGUGUGCUCUUUCACGCCGUCCCUCCCUCCCUCCCCUCCCUCCCUCUCCGUCGUCAGAAUAAUGUUGGCAAACGGUUGCAAGAGAACUUGUUCAAGAGAAGAGAGAGUUAAACUUGUCAUGUCACUGGUGUGGAACUCAGCAUAAUUAUAUAGUCAUAUAUAAUACGAGAGAGAUAGAUAUUUGCAUAAUAAUCAUGUUUCCGACUGAGAGUUUUUAAUCUGAUCAUUCCUACCCAAAUUUCACUUAUUUUCUCAAUUUCUGUAUCGUUUGCAAAUUUUUUUAUAUCUCAUCAUCACCAAAUUUCACGUCUAUUAUGCCAAGAUAAAGUUUUGAUUCAUGAGCAAAUUUGUGACCC